GGGCAGCCACAGCCUCCUGCCUCCUCCUCCACCACCACCUCCUCCUCCUCCUCCUCCUCCUCGUCUCCUCCCCCCUCCCCGUUCUGACGCUGCCUCCUUGGGAAGGGUGUUUGGAGGGCAGCGGCCGCCCCAAGCCGGAGCCCCGCAGCGCUUCUUAUGAUCAGCUCGGUGUGUGUCUCCUCCUACCGCGGGCGCAAGUCGGGGAACAAGCCUCCGUCCAAAACAUGUCUGAAGGAGGAGAUGGCCAAGGGCGAGGCGUCGGAGAAGAUCAUCAUCAACGUGGGCGGCACGCGACAUGAGACCUACCGCAGCACCCUGCGCACCCUGCCGGGAACCCGCCUUGCCUGGCUGGCGGAUCCCGACGGCGGGGGUCGGCAGGACUCGGAUGGCGGCGGCGGUGCGGGCAGCAGCGGCAGCAGCGGCGGCGGCGGCGGCGGCGGCGGCGGCGGGGGCUGCGAGUUCUUCUUUGAUCGGCACCCGGGUGUUUUUGCCUAUGUGCUCAACUACUACCGCACCGGCAAGCUGCACUGCCCCGCCGACGUCUGCGGGCCCCUCUUCGAGGAAGAGCUCACCUUCUGGGGUAUCGAUGAAACUGACGUGGAACCCUGCUGCUGGAUGACCUACCGGCAGCACCGCGAUGCUGAGGAGGCACUGGACAUCUUCGAGAGCCCGGACGGGGGAGGGGGUGGCGCAGGGCCCAGCGACGAUGCUGGCGACGAUGAAAGGGAGUUGGCCUUGCAGCGCCUGGGCCCCAGUGAGGGAGGCGCGGGCCCUGGUGCUGGGUCCGGGGGCUGCCGUGGCUGGCAGCCCCGAAUGUGGGCGCUCUUCGAGGAUCCCUACUCAUCCCGGGCGGCCAGGGUGGUAGCCUUUGCCUCUCUCUUCUUCAUCCUGGUCUCCAUUACCACCUUCUGCCUGGAGACCCACGAGGCCUUCAACAUUGACCGCAAUGUGACGGAGAUCCACCGGGUGGGGAAUAUCACCAGUGUGCGCUUCCGGCGGGAGGUAGAAACAGAGCCCAUUCUCACCUACAUCGAGGGCGUGUGCGUGAUGUGGUUCACCCUGGAGUUCCUGGUCCGCAUUGUGUGCUGCCCCGACACGCUAGACUUCAUCAAGAACCUGCUCAACAUCAUCGACUUUGUGGCCAUCUUACCCUUCUACCUGGAGGUGGGGUUGAGUGGCCUGUCUUCCAAGGCAGCUCGAGAUGUGCUGGGUUUCCUACGUGUGGUGCGUUUUGUGCGCAUCCUGCGGAUCUUCAAGCUCACACGCCACUUUGUGGGGCUGCGUGUCCUGGGCCACACGCUCCGGGCCAGCACCAAUGAGUUCCUGUUGCUUAUCAUCUUCCUGGCCCUGGGCGUGCUCAUCUUUGCCACCAUGAUCUAUUACGCUGAGCGAAUUGGGGCCAGGCCAUCUGACCCACGGGGCAACGACCAUACCGACUUCAAGAACAUCCCCAUUGGCUUCUGGUGGGCUGUGGUCACCAUGACAACCCUUGGCUAUGGGGACAUGUACCCUAAGACGUGGUCAGGAAUGCUGGUGGGGGCGCUGUGUGCACUGGCUGGUGUGCUAACCAUUGCCAUGCCUGUGCCUGUCAUCGUCAACAACUUUGGUAUGUACUACUCCCUGGCUAUGGCCAAGCAGAAGCUGCCCAAAAAGCGAAAGAAGCAUGUACCACGGCCAGCCCAGCUUGAGUCACCCAUUUACUGCAAGUCUGAGGAGACUUCACCCCGGGACAGCACCUACAGUGACACCAGCCCCCCUGCCCGGGAAGAGGGUAUGGUUGAGAGGAAACGGGCAGACUCUAAGCAGAAUGGUGAUGCUAAUGCGGUGCUGUCUGAUGAGGAAGGAGCUGGCCUCACCCAGCCCCUGGCCUCGGCCCCCACCCCUGAGGAGCGUCGGGCCCUGAGACGCUCAGGCACAAGAGACAGAAACAAGAAGGCAGCUGCCUGCUUCCUGCUCAGUGCUGGGGACUAUGCCUGCGCUGAUGGCAGUGUCCGAAAAGGCUGUGAAAAGUCCCGGAGUCUAAACAACAUAGCUGGAGCAGCUGGAACCAGUCUGGGGCUGUCUCCACUGGCAUCGCGGUACAGCUCGCCCUACCCUCCGAGAAAGCUCCUGCUCUCGCACCCCUUCCACCCUCUCACCAGCCCCCCACCGGGCCACUCAGGUUCUUAGCUACACCCACAGCCUUCCUCAGCUCUGACACUGACACACAUCCAAGCAGGCAUUUUUACAUGCCACCCUAGCCCCUCUCCCUCCUGAGGUCUGAGAGAACAACAGAAGGGAACUUCAGUCAGGAUGGAGAAUUCGAGUCUCUGAGCCUGCUCUACACAGUACCUGGCUCCUCCAAAAGUCCAGCCAUGGAACCUGGGUGCAAGCGGGAGAUUUUUACAGGGCUCCUUUCUCAUAUCCAGUCUCCUAAACCACAGGGGCUGGUACACUCAGGACCUGGGUCUCUGGGUUUUGCCUGCAGCUCAGGAUCCUCCAAACCAGGGUGUGGUACAUUGAGUAUCUCAAAGUACUAAGCUUUGCCUUUGAGUCAUACUUAUAUUUGUAUUUUAAUCACAGAAAUUUCAUUUGCAUUCUUUAUGGUCUUUACCCAGUAACCAAAAAGCUUGUCUGUCUGUCUAUCUGUCUGUCUAGCCAACCCAUACCAAGAUCAGCAGGUAAAGGCUGUCUCACAGGGCAUCUCUGCUGCUAUAAAGAGCAUCUGACUCCUUGGAACAGCAGCACCUGUAGCUAGAGCUGCCCUGGGAGCAGGACCUUGUGUUUUCCAGCUGUGACAUGGGGUGCAGGUGGGAGCUCCUAGAAUCCAGGCCCCGGGCUUGGUGCAAGCCCUGGGCAGGGUGUCUAGGUGCUGGGAGGCCCUUCUCCCUGGGGCCUGUGCCCAGAUUCAUCGGGUAACACCCAGCGGCCCACCCAGCAGCCCAUCUGUGCCCCGCGCUGCGGCAUCUCUCUCCAUACUGCUUCCUCUGCUUCCGCGACAGUUUGCUCCCUCUCCCGCUCCCUCAGAUUCCCAGCCCUGCCUCUGAGUCACCUGCCACUCCCACCCAGCCUCUGCUCUGUAUUCCUGCCAGAACCGGAGACUCAUCUAAUUUCUAUAAUUAAGUGUAUUCAUUUACCUAACGAGCCUGGGGGCACAACAGGUUUGUGAGUCAUUGGGUGAGGAGGGGUACACCUUGCUCAGGGACGGCUGAGGGGAAGUAAGGAGACAGAAGCUAUCCUACCCACACCUGCCACCAGCCCCACCUGCUCCUAAGAAGCCCCUUCCUCAGCCCAGGGCUAAAGAACAAAAGCCUCAGCCAUGCCAUUUCCUGUUUCACCUGAUGGGAAUUGACCUGACAGCAGCUGAGCCACGUGCCUGGCAAUUUUAGAGUCAGAUUAUGCAACUUUGAAAAGGGAGUGACUAAGGAAGGUCCAUAUUUGCUCCCUACAGGGUAAUCAAGAGAUCUGGUGAGAUCGCUUUAGGGACCUGGCAGGAGGCUAGGACCAAGGGACUCAAAAGGUGGCCCAGGCAUAAAUACAAGAUUGUUUCCAGGGGUCUCGGAGUGCAAAGGAUGUGACGAGCACUGAGCAAAGACUAGAUGGCCCUCUGAAAAGGUCUGUUAGAGCAGGCCCUGAAACACUCCAGCUGAUCUGUGCUCUAGAUAGGACCUGAAGCUACUUGCUUUCAGGAUGAGCUGUCUUCUGAGAGGUGAGAUGAGGAGACACGGAAAGGUGGCAGGGAUAAGGAAGUCUGUGCAUCAGGGUAAGAUGCUGAGUCUGAACUCAGCUUCCUCGUGGUAGGUUCAGCCCCAUCCAGCAGGGCUCCUGGCACCAGGAGACUGUGGUCUGACAGAGACAUGAUGAGCCAGGUGUCCAGUUUAGCACGGGUACCACAGCUAUUUUUCUCUGACUUGCCGUUCUGGUUCGGAGAGCCAAGGUAGCUAUUUCUGUGGCAGCCCUCAAGUUGUCAGGAGCCCAAGUUUCCACGGCACCCACCGCCUCCUCCCCUCUUCCCUCCUACGGGGAUGGGCAUGCUCACAGCACCCCUGUGGGGGCCACAGAUGUCCCUGGGCGACACAGUGCAUCUGCCAGGCUGAAGCCCCUAGUGCUUUGUUGGAGGGAUGGGCUCCUAAACAACCCCCACCCCCACCCUGCUCCAAUCCCCUUGCUCAACAGGCCCCAGUGAGUGGAAGAAAUAGGUGGGUUAUCUACCCUCAGCUACCUUAGGACUUUUGGGUUUGCCCAGAGUUCUGGGAAAGAAUGAAUCUAUCAUUUACAGAGCCUCUGCCCUGAGGGCAGUUAGUUGACUAUACAGGUCUCAGGCCUAUGCAGGCCUCGGAUAUCCUUCUCUAGGAGAAAGUCGCUCCCAUCCAGACUCUAAAGGCAGAGUUAGCUUUUCCUUGGAUGGGACUUGGGAAUGGUCCUAUUGCUUUGGCUUUUAGAAACUUGGCCCUGUAGCUGGGGGCAGGCCCCUUCUUAAAGAGGAAGCAGGCAGCCCAGGAACCAACUACUAGGCUUACCUUCCAGUCUGUGCCAGGACUACUGACAACCCUAGAGUUAGCUUCACAGCCGUUUUCUAAGAGGGGUGACUGUGAGGUGCCACCAGUGGGAAGGAUGCUGUUCAGCUACAGCUAGGCCAACAGGAAUUAGAGGGGCUGCUGAGUUCUGGCCAGAGCUCCAGGAAGCACCUAUGGCCACCAGGACUGCCCUUCACAAAGCAUCUAAGAGAGCAAGGCUCUGGUCAGUCUCCCUCGGAAGCUCCUGCCCAAACUCUGGUGAGUUGUGUCGGUUAAAUUCCAGCAUAAGACUCCUAAAAAGACUCUCCCCAACUCUCAGAGGACCACACAAGGGGAGAGUGUAGAAACCAUUAACAAAAGCCUCCCCACCUCAUCUUAGGAUCUAGUGGCUUAUAGGGGAUCUGGUGGCUUAGGAUCUAGUGGCUGGAGGCCACUCCCCUUUUCCUUGUGAGUAGGGACCAAUGGCUGAGUAUUUCUGAAUAUACACAGACAGAUCGAUGUUAGGAAUACAGGACAAAGGGUAGCUCUGUCCUAUCCUCAGAAAUGGCACUCUGAAGAGUCUCACACUCUUGUGGUUUUCUCAGGGAGAGUACUCGGAGGCCCAGAACACUAGAAAGAUAAGGGGUAGUGUUUAAGGGGGCCAUUGGGGCCACAGUCUUCAGGAGAUGGCAACAGGUCAUUCUGAGACGUGAACAUAUUUAUAUCAAAGAAAAAUAAAAGAUUUUAACAUGUCAGGGAACCCCAUAGCAGAAGCUGUGAGAUUUGAAUGCCAAACGAUGUUCCUACCUUUAACCACAAACCUAAUAACUAUAGUAAUCAAUGUGGGAGGCGGAAACUUCUGCCACACUGUUAGCCCUGUCUCCCUAGCUGUUUAGCCAGUACUGCCACUUGGAAAUAGGAAAAAAGACCCAAGCCUCAGAAGCUGAGGCUGUGGAUUUUCUGGGGGCUUGGGUUUCUUAGUAAGAUGCUCUGUGCCAGCCUGCUUUUCUGAGGCUGUGUGCCCUCCACCACCACCCACAAUGCCUCAGGACUCUACCUUUCAUUUUGAGGUCAGUGGCUGGGUGUGACAUGGCUCCAUAUUCUAAGGACAGCUUCACUGGAUCCUUGGGAUAGUGGAAUUGUCCAUGGAGGUGAGGGCAGAUGGAGCUGUUUGGGGUAGAGCACAAAUUGGGUAGGGAACAGCUGGAGUGACAGGCCAUGAGCCAUAGUCCACAUCAGGAAUUUUCCCCACUACCUCCCUGCUAGGCUCUAUGGGGUUUGCCAUGGUUCCUCACCCUGCUGCAUUAGAACUCUGAAGACUUGAGAAGGUUGUAGGUGUUGGAAACGGUUACCCAAGCUUCACCGUUACCUGGGUCUCUUCUGCCUGAAGGUGGGUUGGCAGAGGAGAGAUAAAGGGCUCACCCCACUCCUGAAUCACCCCAGCUCUUCCUUGCCUCUUGGCCCUGGGUUCCCCAUGCCUUCCAGCUCUGCUCUUGGCUGUUCCUUAGCCCACAGCCUGUGGGUCAGCAGCUGGCUGGCUUCCUUCUAACAUCUCAUUCUUUGUUUCUCCCUUUCUUUUGCUGAACUCUUUACACCCCCCAGAAGGCAAUGUUGAACCGAAAGCGUGCGUCCCAGUGUCUCACACCUGUGCUCUUUAAACACAGAGACCUGCCAAGACGCCCUCUCGUCCAACUAUGCCCACGCUGAAGUCCUCACCCUCUCUUAAAGCGGCAGC